GAUAAUACUAAUACGUGAUAAUUAUUACUGAAGGAAAUAAGAUAGCGUUUUAUUUUUUGCAUUACGCCGUUGUACUAUCGUCUGCGAAGUUCGUAUUGUAAACCGAACGUGAUUUUUAUUACCUACGGAUUUUCGUUUAAAUAGUUAAAAAAGAAAAGAAAAGUAUAUUUAUACAUUCAACGAGUUUUAUCAAACCGUUUGCGGUCAAACGCAUCGUGUCAUGGCAAUGCGGCACUGCAGUAUGUAUUCAAAAGUUAUCAAAUAAUAUUAAUACAUAAUAUAUAUAUAUACAUUAUGUUGGUCACAUUUUAAUUUUCAUAAAUUUUUAAGAUUUAAUCAAACAAAAUGUAAUAAAAAUAGUAUCAACACGAAAAAUGUUUAACCAGUGCACUAUAUUUUACCUUAUUUACACAUUUCAUUACUAAAAAAAGAGCUUAUAUUGAGGAUGGGAGUGGCCACUUUUGUAGGUGAGAUGUUGGGAAGGUAGGAUACAUAAGAUUAUUUCAUUUAUAUCUGUAAGAAACGAUAAACCAUUGCUUGACGAAGACGAUUCCGAGCGCAGUUCGGUAAUACAUAAUUUGAAGUACCGUAAUUUUUUUUCUGAUUUUCAUUUAAAUUUUAUUUCAAAACGCUUAUUGAAAAAAAAAUAAAGUCGUCCGAUAAUUUUAGAAACUUUGGUAAGCCCAAUAUAUGUAUUAUUACUAAGUUUUAAGUCCCUACGUGUAUUUAUAACCGAAUUACAGAAAAAAAUCUCUCAACAAUUAAAAUUCCUUAAAAGCUCAAAAGUGGCAUUAAAGUUUUUGUGAUGAUACCGAUGGGAAAGUAAAUCAAAAAGGUGUCUUGUGAUUUUUCAAUGAAAACAUUUAUUCUGGUAAAAAAUUGUCGUUCGUGUUUUUAUAAAAUAAUGAAAUCGUGAAUUGUACAUUUUCCUACGUUUUAUUCCCUCUUAAGUGCUUUUAUUUAAAAAAUGAAUCGUUUAAUGUACCAUCUAGACAACCUGAGAUUUCAGAAAAGUCGCUACACAUAAAAAUCGGAACAAGUCUCCCAGAAAAAAACGUGUCCACAUACUAGAACAAAAGAAAAAAAGAAAGAAAUAAACAGCAUUGUAAAACCAAUAGCUCCCUCGCUACGCUCGGAAUCUAAAAUUAUGUUAAUCACAUUUUCCAGUCUGCUACAAUAUCUAAAUCCAGAUACAAUAUUCACGUACAUUUUAUCGAAUUUUUACUAACAACUAUCAGUUUGGACAAGCUUUUCGUGGCGUAAAAUUCAAAACAUGACAAAGGUUUAAACGCGAUAUAAUUAAUAGUUAUUUGUGCUAAUUGUCAUGUUAAAUAAUGACUUAUCGCCGCAAUUAUGUACGUAUUGUACGAUCGUAAAAAACACCGUUCUCUGAAAAACGUAUAGCGAAACUUAAACGCAAUCGUACCGAGCAGUUCGAACCAGUCAUAGCAUAGCCGUGUUCGCUUACGGUACGUAUCGAAAACCAACAAAAAAAAAAUAUCGGAAAUUCCAUAUCAAAAAUAUUUGACCAUUUUUCCGACACUUGGCGUACAGGGGAAAUGUAUCUAUUUUACUGGGUGUUUUUUUUUUUUUAAAUACCCUCUGUAAACAACUUUCUUUCGAGGAUAUGUUCGACCUAACAUUUUAAAAAGCUUCCUCGAGAUUUAUGAAGGAAAAAAGCUGCUCACUGCGUUUCUGCCCUUGUACUUAAAUUUCGUAUUCAAUAUACCAUAUUUAUAUUAAGUAUGUAAACAUAAUAUCGAUUUGCGAAACAUCGUUUUUUUUAAAAAAUCAAUCAUUUAAUCAAUAUUUUAAUUUAAUAAUAUACUUAUAUACUUAUCAUCUCGCAAUAAUUUCCUUUUGACCUUUAUAUAAUAUGUUAAUUAUUUCUUGAAUAUCGCUAUGAAAAUCACUGUCGACGACCAUUAUCAAUAAGCUCUAUGGGUAAUGGACUUUGACAUAAAGUAUUUCUCAAACCAUUUUUGUCAAGGUUUAGUUUGUAAAAUGUACGUUCGUAUUCAACCAGAGUAAUGGAUAAUGUAAGCAUAAAUUUGCAUGCAAAAUGAAGGCCAGUAUAUUCAUUUGCAUAUAAAUUAUACUUAAAAUAGACCUAAUAUUAAUACAAUAUUAAAACGUCAACUGAUUUUGAUACUGGGGGUAUGAUAAUCCAGGGAUACGAUUUGUCCGUUACACUGGCGCCGAUUUGAGGUAGGAAUAAGGAAAAUUGUUUAAUAGGAUGAUAUUAUACGAGCACAUUCGUUUGUAGUUUUCCUGUCUAACACAUACGCGACAUAGCAAAUUUGCGUUCGUUAAGACACACUUUGUGUCGUUAGUUUUAAUAUUAGAGUGAAUUGACCUAAUCAAAUAUAAAAACAAAAACAUUAUCUGUAUUCCUGUGUCAAGUGAUUUUCAUCAUUCAAUAUUUAAGUGAGAUAUAAGAAUUGUUGAAUAUUGCUAUAGUAUUUCACACACCAGAAAUAUACCUUUCAACUAAAUGUGUGCGUCCUACAAUUAUGCGUAUACAAAUGUACUAAUUCGAGGUAAUGACUUUACGACUUGUAAUACUUUUAUUAUUCAUUUUCAUUCAAUGGUUCUAAAUAAUAAUGUAAUCAGCAGUUUAUCUAUAAUAAUAAUGAGUAUAAUAUUAUACACUAACAAUCGUCAAUAGCAAAUAAAUUAUAACAAUUUAGACAGGUCUUAUCUUUCUAUAUAAUGUUAUGAUAAUGUUAAAAUGUUUAGCAAAAAGAUAAUAUUGUGAUAAUAAUAAUAAUAAAUACAUUAAAUAUAAAUAAUAAUGUCAUUAUAAUACAUAAUAAUAAAUUUAACAUAAUAAUUAUAAUAUAAACGAAAUGAGAAAUCGUAAAAUAACGCUAAAACAACGGUUGAUUGCGGUAACAAUAAUACAAAAAAUAAUAGUAAUAAUAUUAAUAAUAAUAAUAAUGGGAUUAAAAUAUACGAUUUUGUACACGAACAAAAAAUUAAUAAGAUAAUAUAGUUUGGAGGUAUAUACGAUUAAAAACGACUAGAUAAUAUUGACACACGAGAUUAAAAUCAAAAUUUUACUUUCAUUCCUUAUAAAUAAUCCAAAAAAUAUUUCGUUAGUUUUAGCUAAUCAUAAAAUAAAUAUUUCCGAUAAUUAAUAAUUGAUCAACGGAAUAUUAAUGUUAUAGACAUUAUGUGCAGGUGCACGGAACUCUAAAUAUGUAAAAUACAAUUGUAGAGUUUAGAACGGGUUUUUUUUUUUUUUUUUUUUAAAUAUUUUUAUAUAUCAUUUAAGGGCGUUUACCGCGAAAUUAUAUUGGACAGCGAUCGGUAACGCGACGAUCACGACGAUACAACCUAACCUAUAACAUUCACACGAAAACAGUUCUUCACGCCGCGGUAUAGCUGUGCGCAUUAUCGUCUAAUAUCGGUUACCCUAUGUACAGUUGUGUUUUAAAACCGUUAUCGUUUGAUUUCGGUCCAUUUAAUUUUAAUAUUAAAAUUAUACAAAGCGGCUGCGGCGGCGGCGGCGGCGAUCACGUGACAAUAUUUAUUAAGGCCAAACGGCCAUUUGAGGGGGGGGUAUUUUAAUCUAUUUAUCGGACCCCAUUACAAAAUUAAAUUCCACCCCCCGCCCCGACCCGUCAAUGGACACGGUUAAUUAUUACUUAUACUCGCACGCCUACACAUGUAUAGUAUUCGGCUAUGAUUUGUACGGACAUUUGUCAUUUUUGUCGACCCUAAUGGUCACCACCCUUGUUUUCGCAUUAGAGGGUAAAGUGUGCGGCGUGCACUGCAAACAAAAAAAAAAAAAAAAAAUAACCAACAAGAAACUCGUUCUACAAAUCGAAUUCGAGUUUAAAACAAACACAAAAAAAAAAAUUUAUAUUACGGAAUAAUAAUAUUAUAAAUUGCUCGUUUAAAGUUAUUGAAUAUCACUACCGCGUUAAUGCUAUACCUAUUUUUUUGUUUUAAUUUUUUUUUUUUUUUUUUAUUUUAAUAUAAAUACGCCACGUGUUCGACUUGAAUCGAUAUUAUCUACAUAUUUAAAAACACACGAAAGAAAAUUUUACAAUAAUAUACAUAUAUAAUAUUAAAUUAGCACGUUGAUGAUAAUUUCUAAAAUUUCAUACAAAUCGAAAUUUACACUCGUAUCCCGGCCAUAACAGCAAAUAGCGGCAAACUGGCGGACUAUGCUUCCCCGAAAACUAAUUGUAAUCCACCGAACAUCUGAAGACGUAAUCGUUGAGAAUGUAUAAGUUCAUUCAUUUUUUUUUUUUUUUUUGAUUUUUAUAAAAAAUGUAAAACCAUCCAUUUUAUAAACGCUAUUUGCUCUCGCAAUACCGACUGUUAAUAUAUUAAUAGAUUGUGUUUUUUUCUUUUUGCGUUAAAUACAUAUUUUAUUAUAAACAUAUUUAUAAUAAAACAUUGCUUCCAUUACCUACUUACUUACUUAAUUACUUACUUGAUUACUCACUUAAUUACUUAUGCAUACAAAUAUAUAUUUAUAUAAUUAUAAUUAUACAGUUGAAAGAAUAAUUUUUUUUUUUAUUCACGGGAAACGUAUGAGGUAAAUAAGUCUGGAAAAAUUAAUAGCCGAGUAUACAAACGGUGGUCGUUAAGUCUAAACUCUAAGGGUUUUGUCGGCGUUUAGAGAUCUUUGUGUGAAGACCUAAAAAAUGAUUAUUCACUUGCUAGAAUCCAUUGAUUUAUACGGCCACCGGCGGUGAUAUUUUACCGGGCGCAGUGACAGAAAACUUCGAACGGAGUUAUUCGGAGUUUAGAGAACUAAACUUCGCAAUACUUUUAAUUAUUGCUCAAUAUGUUUAAUAGGUAAUUAAAAAACUUAUACUAGUGAUACAAUGUCUCUACUCGAAGUUAAGGAUGAGAAAAUGAGGAAUAUACAGUUCAAACGGACGUUUAUAUGAUGCGAUGAUCGUCCGCUAGCCGCGAGUACGAGGCGUUGCGCCUCCUGCUGCCCGCGGCCGCCUUACGUCAUUUGGCGCCCUGUUGCUGCUGGUGCUGGUGCUGCUGCAAUGGCACGUCGUCUUCGUCGUCCAGUCGGUCGCCCUCCUUGUCUUGGUGCGCCGUCAUGUGCCGCGUCAGGUGGUGCCGUUCCCGAAAGCUCUCGUCGCAUACCGGACACCGUAGCUUGUCCAUAUCUCUGCGCUUCUUGGCGUCCAGACCGCCGCCCGUACCUCCCGCACCGCCGCCGCCGCCGGCACUGCUACUGUCACCCUUGUGGUGCGACCGCAUGUGAUACACCAAGUCGGAGGUCAUACGAAAGCUGACGUUGCACUUGGCGCACACGUUCUGCGACGGCAAUGUAAGAGCGGCCGCGGCGAUGGAGGCGGGCAACAGCAUGGCGGGCAACGCGGCUACAGCAGCGGCCGCUGCGGCCGCCGGACCAAACUGAAGUGGUGACGGCGACGGUAGCGGUGGUGGCGGCGGUUGCUGUUGUUGUUGCUGCUGCUGCUGCUGUUGUUGCUGCUGUUGCUGUUGUUGGUGUUGGGGGUGAUGAGGAUAGGGAUGAUGUUGUUGGUGUGACUGCAGUGACGGUGACGGGUACUCUUUGCAACCGGCCGCGGCAAUCAGCUGUGGCCGGGACGGCAUCAUCAUAGCGAACGGUGACCGGAAACCCAACGGGAACGGCGACAUAAAAUGUGUCGCGGCCGCCGGCAGGGGCGGGCUGAGACUGCACUCCUGUUGGUGCUGCAGGUGAUGCUGAUGCUGUUGAUGGUGCUGCUGUUGCUGAUGCUGAAGAUAAGCGCUAAACUCGAUAGGCGGCGGCGUGGCCGGCGACGAUGACGGUGACAGGGCCGGCGGGUCCGGCGACACUUUCGUGAAUGCCGACCGCGCGACCGACUGCAGUGUGGGUUGCAGUAUGGGUUGCUGAGGCCGCGGUCUCCGCUUGCUCAGAUCGUCCGGCGCCAUCAGGAACGCCACGUCGAAACUGCGCUUUUGCGGCCGCUGGUGGUGUAGCGCGACGGCCGGCAAAGACGUCACCUGAUCCGCCAUGUCCGUAACCGCCGCCGGCGGCGAGUACCGCGCGGGCGGCGACGAAUACCGCGCGGGCGGUGACGACGACGCGGCCGUCACGUUCCGGUGAUGGUGGACGUCCAUUGUCAUUCUGCCGAACCGGUUGUAAUCUGAAAUCAUAACGACACUCGAGUAUAAUGUACCGCGUUUAUAAUUCGUUCGGUUAGGUUCGGCUAGUUUAUGUUAGGUUUGGCUUUGGUUUUACGCUUGGGUAAUUUAAAACUCGUGAGGUUUUAAUCGGCUUUUAAAAUCGACCAAUCACCACAGAGUUCGAAAUUGUGGAUAUUUUCAAAAUAAUACAACACAAAAGGCAAGACCGUUUUCGAAACAAACGUGAUUUGCGUGGAGCACGAAAAGAAUUCGAUACGUAUACGUAAUAUUGAAAAUUAAGGUAGAAAAAUAAUUGUCAGCCUCUCUUGGCUACCCUACCGUUUUUUUUUGUGAUUUUAGACGUUCGAAAAUCUGUCGGGCCAAUAAAUAAAAAAUAAUAAUAAAAAAAACCAAACGAAUUCACCGCCAAGUCGCUUAUAUUAUCGUCGUGGUGUAUUCAAUUACCCGAGGCGACCCCUCGGUGCAAUAAUAACAGUAAUUGCGCGCGGGGAGGCGACCCACAGGAACAAACAAUAUUUACGUACUCCCGUAACGAUUCGGACGAUUUAACGAACUUCGUCGCUCGCGAAGUUUAUUUGUUCACAACGCAGCACACUAAAAAAUAUAAUGUCGCUCUUCGGAUUUCGAAAUGAGAUAAUAAACGUCGGCGAUAUUAUCGAUAGUAAUUUCACUAAAAAAUGUUUAACGUCGUAUUAUUGACUUGAAUUACUUGAUUUUCCUUGUUAUUAUCACAGUGAAACAUGAUCAGACCUUAAACCUAAGGUUCUUCGGGUAUACUUAAUAAGAAUAAUCAACCGCCCUCCCCCCCCUCGUGUUUAUUCUACAGGAAAUAUCAAAUCAUACUUAGUUUGAACCCGGAACUCCAUACAUUAGUGAGUAAAAAACGAAAAAUUAAACUGUUGAAAGGGUAUAUAAAUUGUAAAUGUAAUGUUGUGUUAUGGGAUUUAUACUGUUUUUGACGCGAAAUCGUGCCUUAUGGGAAAAACUUUCGUGUCUGUGGACAUCGAUGAUUAUUUUUUUGUUGGAAAGUGAAAAAUUUCCCACAGAUCGCGCUGAGAACUCCGUUUUCAAUAUUUUCGUCUCAAACAUUUUUAUACGUCUUUUAAAAAUAGCAACUCUUCACUUUUUUUAACUACCUUUUUAAACCGUUUAUUUAAAAUACAAAUUGGAACUUAUUAAACCUUUAAAUUUUGUUUUUGUUAACUCGAAUUUUCGACGGCUUGUAAUAUAUCAAAAGUAAAAUUUAAAAGUUUAAUAAGUUUACUGCGCCUUGAGUACCUACCACAUCUGGUACUCACGGUCAGUACCCUAAGCAUAAUAAGUAUAAAUAUUUUUAACUCGUUCAUUUCAUAUGCUUUGAGUACCAAUACUGGUACACAUAGCGUUAGGCUGAUUUGGCUUCGAAGGACCAUUUUAUUUUAUUUUUUGUAUAAUCUUUGUCACUGAGUUUCAUUGUCGAUACUGUAUUAGACCUAUUAAAUAACUACGGCAGUUGACUUGCUAAAAGACGAAUCGAAUGUAACUCGUGUGACUCUUUAGUGUCCAGCCUCGACUACAGGUAUUAUAGGUAUUUUGAACUUUGAGUGCCUGCACAGUGUAGAACUUCGGACGUUAUAAUGUUACUGCAGUCGAAACGAACUGUGUCGUGUAUCGAGGACAACGGUUACAUUACACUUUUAUAGUUUAAGGCGCGCCACAGGUGUCAGGAGGAUUGUAUUUUGUGUACCGUUAUAAUAUCAGGUGCUCGUAUGCGAAACAUAACGUACAUACCUAUGAUAUUGGACGAUCGCGAUACUGAUAAUAAUAAAAAUAAUGAUGCUAUUAACGAUAGAGUAACGAUAUUGUGCGUUGUCUUUUUGGUUUAGGUGAUUUUUUUUUUCUAGUAACAUUAUUCGUCACACUAGGAUCCAUGCACGGAUCCUGAACAAAGAUGUGGGGGUGAGCCAACAAUUUUUUUGCAACAUAAAUACAAUUAAAAUACAAUAUAAUAUAUAUUAUUUUCUCAUACGUAUCAGUGAUUGGAAUAUAGUAAUAUAAGGAUCUAUAGAAUUAAAAAAAAAAUCGGAGAAAUAAUAUAUCUGGAGGAGCUUGGUCCCUAGACCCCCCUUGAAUCCGUCCCUGCAUGGAUAUUCGAUUUUCUCGUAAAUUAAACGGAUUAAUAUUAAACCGCUAUUUGUUCGGGUCAUUACGCAAUAAUAUUAAGAUUAAAAGUAUAAAAGUGUUUUUAUACAAAUAUUUAUUAAAUUAUCAAUUAUUAUCAUUUCCUACACAAAACCAACUAAAAUACAUAUUUUUUAAAUAUAUAAAUAAAUGAAUUCGUCACCUAGAGUAUUAUGAUGUGUACCGUGAUGUGUGACCGGUUUAGAAUAAAAAAUUCAUCGUCGGGUAAAAUUCCAAUAUCAAAAAGUAAAAUCGCGACUGAAUAUGAGGAAAUAAACGAAGGAAUACAUAACGAAAAAAAUUAUAAAAUUAGUCGUUUUACAUAGAAAUAAUUUAUUUUAAUAGGAGAGAUUAUUUAAAAUGAGUUGUUAUUAGACAUAAAUAUAAACUAUUUGGUUAUUAUUUAUUAUCUAAAAUGUAUUGAUAUUAGAUAUCAUUUUUAAAAUCAGUUUGUUCAUUUAAAAUAUUAUCACAAUUAUUUUUCUUUAUUUCAUUGCGUAUGCAUAAUUCUUCUAAAACUGAAUCAAUGUAAAUGUUAUUUUGGAUAUUUAUAAACUUAAAUGUAACUGUAAUAGAUUUUAUAUAGGUAAGACAAAUAGAAAUUUUAAAAUAAGAUAAAAAGAACACAUUUCUGAUAUAAAAUUAAAAACGACUACCCCUAAUUCAAAUUUCGCUAAAUAUGUUUUAGAAAAUAACUAUAAAUUGAGUUUUGAUAUUAAUAUAGGCUUAGAAAUAUUAAAUACCAAAAAUAGCGUUUACAUUAAUUCAGUUUUAGAAGAAAUACACAUACACAAUGAAAUAAAGAAAAAUAAUUGUGAUAAUAUUUUAAAUGAACAAACUGAUUUUAAAAAUGAUAUCUAAUAUCAAUACAUUUUAGAUAAUAAAUAAUAACCAAUUAUUUUAUAUUUAUGUCUAAUAACAAUUCAUUUUAAAUAAUCUUUCCUAUUAAAAUAAAUUAUUUCUAUGUAAAACGAUUAAUUUUAUAAUUUUUUUAUUUUCUCUCUGUGUAUCCCUUCAUUUGUUUCUUCAUAUUCAGUCGCAUUUUACUUUUUGACUUAGUGAUUUUACCUGACAAUGAGUUUUUAAUUCGAAACCGGUCGUAUAAUAUACAAAUCGUAACACUCUAGACGAAGCAUUAAUUUUUUUAAUUAUUUAUUUAUUUAUAUAUUUAUUUACAAGUAUUAUCAUUUAAUCAUUUUGUUUUUAUUUUAUUAUUUAUUUACAUAUUUUCUCUUUUUGUCUAUUCUAAACAAAUCACAUUUUUUAAGUUUAUCUCAAGAUUCUAAAUAUUUUCUAUCAUAUUUUAAUCUCGCUAUUUGGUAUUUUGAAAUAUUUAAAACACAUUUCCAUAAGCAAUUUGUGCUUAAGCAAAAUGAGAGAAAAUAAACCGAGACUAUUUGAGUAUGUUACAAGGAAAUGGGAAUCGGAAGCAGUAAGAACGAUAACGGAAAUUAAAGUGGGACAAAAAAAAAAUGUCCAUAUUUUGGAAAAACACAUAUUAAAAUCUUAUGGUAGACCUAAAAACAUAAUACCGAUUUUAUUUUUGACUGAUAAGUCCUGGUUUAUUUAUUUACAUCAACAAGUAAUUGUAAUUAAUGAUUUAUGAUCCGAAAAAUAUUAUGAAUUAUAAGUAUAAUAGUUUGUAAUUCUAAUGUUCUACAUCGAAAUGUUCAAAUGUGUAUUUUGGGAACAAUGACACUCAGUUUCCACCUCACGUAAUAAUACGUUCUUAGGGAAACUAUCGUUGUUUAAUUUCCUGCACACGUCAUCCCUUCGCAACGGAAAUUUGUUAUAAUUUGUUCUGCUAUAUUUGUUCUGUCCGUAUACUCAAAAUCUACCAAAUGUUUGAAAGCCACAAACAAAUUACAAUGUUAUAUUACAAAAGUAAGUACUUAAUAAUAUUGUUUGUCCGAAAAAUCUGAUAGCAGAUCGAUCAAAUCGUAUUUUAUCGUCCGCAAACGCCUAUAAUAUGAAAGGCGAGUGACUCCGUCACACUCUGUAUACCCACGCUAAAACUAUAGGCCCGUUGCCAACGUCGCUAAACCGUUGUCGUUUUAAUCUGCGGUUUUAUUCGAACGGAUUUUCAACAAGUAUUCGAAUAAUUGUAAAGUAAUAAAGUAUAACAAUAUUAUUUGAUUUCGAAUAAAAAUCGUAAGACAAGUGCGUUACGGGCGGCGGUUAGGUUAGAUUAUUUAUUUUUUUUUUUUUUAAUAUUCGGUUACACGUAAUAACUAUUGUGCUUUCGAAGGUACCUAUAAAAGAUUUAAAAUAACUGCCUCCCCCCCCGUACACUUGGAUAUAGAAUUUAAAAAACGUCUACGGAUACGCUGUAAAUAUAAUAAUAAAAAAAAACUUUUCCUAAAGAUAAUUUGUGGUUAAUCGGUCCAAUAAUAAUAGUAAUAAUAACAGUCUUCAACGACAUUGCCAGUACAAAAACAAUGUCUCCGUUCUACGGUGUACGUCGAACGUGAUAUCGACUCGACGAACUGACCACAUGUUGAUUCGAACGGCGGCCAUGACGGAGGAUUAUAGCGCGGUAGCAAUAAAGUGACGCUAGUGACGACGCGACGUGGCGACAAACAGACUUCAAAGAUUUUAAUAGCUGUGCCAGUAUUAUGACGAGAACCGUCGAUUACCGAAAGCUCUACGCCGAUAAUAAUCGGGCGGGGAUAGGUGAUGAAAAAAAAAAAUAAAUAAAUCAAAAAAUCGUAUACAAAAUCUGAUUUUCACACGUGUAGCCGCGUAGAUAACGAUAUUAUUAACACGUAAUGCCGAUGCGGUACGACUCUAUAACUCUUUAUUUUCGAAUAUCGGACGCCAGAUAAAAUAACCGAUAUUGUGUCGUUUACCGUCAUGAGAAGUGAAUAAGUAUACGGAGUGUGUCAUUUGUGCGGAACGCGGCGUUUAAAUGUAUCGCUCCGCGACAAGCACAAUAUAAAAGCGUAUGAUAUCUCGUCAGCGGCUGGCUCGAAGAAAACUGUACGAUUUCGACACCGAAAUUUCUAUUUAAAAGUCCGAACCGUUAAUGGAAUUUUUAAUGUAUAGGUUGUCGUUCGAAAAUCGAAACGAUGGCGAUUUCACGGCCCCUCGGAAAUAUGAGAGACGAAAAAUUAAGGGCGACGUGACAUUUCAGAAACAUCGUUUGUUUUUGUAAAUUUCCCGACGCGGAAAAGUCAACAAUUACCGGAUGUAUUACACGUGAUGUUGUGAUCACUCUGUAGAUACGUUCUCUAUACUACACGGUGAACCGGUCGUUCGCGUGCACGCCGCUCUCGAUCAGCCAGGACCGACGCGUUCAGUUCGCCAUGGACCGGCCACCCGAAAACGGCGAGAACCCGACGAGGUAAUAUUGCAGUUGCUUGUAUUAUAAAUAUUUUUAUUUUAUUCGCAUUGAUAACGAUGUUGUUAUUUUGUUGUCGACAGCGGCGGGCAACCGCCGUUCUGGAAACAGCGCCGGAACCUAGUCGGGUUGUUGGCGUUUUUGGGUUUUUUCAACGUUUACUCGCUCCGGGUGAAUCUGAGCGUCGGAAUCGUAGCCAUGACUUCGUCCACGGAAACCAGAGUAAGUCCGAUCCAAUUAUAUUUGCGGUAUUGUCAUAUUUUUCGCCUCUCGUAUAACCUCGUACGCCCGGAAACGGUUUACGGGUGUUUUGUUUUUUUUUUUUUUUCCGUAUUGCAAAUCAAACACGUUCGAAAACGCGCGAAUCGUUUUAUCGGACCGGGGGUACGGCAACCGAACGUCGACCGGGCCGCUGUUUUUGAUUCGGGCGGAUAAAGGAAAACGUUUCAAAGUAACGAAACGUGAAAAAGACCGUUUGUAACGCACACCGCGAGCGCAGCGCCUCGAGAAAUGAAAGUAAAAUAAUGGAAUGCGAUUCUAUGUGUUGUUAUUAUACAUUUUUAUGAGGUCAGUGUGUUCAGAAAACUCGUGCACCAAAAAACACUGCACGCUGCGCGCGUAUGAUAUUAUGCAUUAUGCAGCGCACCGCUAAUUGUACGCGACAUUAAUGAACGACAAUAAUUAUUGUAUACUUUCAAUACCCAAUCGUGUACCGAUACGAUUACCGGUCUGCUGCUACCGGGGGAAAAAAAUAAAAAUAAAAAUACGAACCCGCUUAAUAUAAUAUUUAUACAAAUUAUAAUAAUUUGUUUUAUAUUCUGUCUUCGCCUGUAAGCGUGUACAAAAACGAAAGUCGACAAGAACGUUUGGAAAUCGACACGCGGCGAUUGCGUUAUAAAUGUUCGAACUCGAUAAAUAUUUAAAAAAUAAUUUACAGUUUACGAUGGAUAACGUAAUCGUCAUAGUACGACGUUUCCAUUUACCGAGUGUAGGUAUGUAAAUUCGUUGUACACACCGAAUAACAUUUUUUUUUUUUUUUUUUCAUAAAAUGUAAAAAUUAUUAUUUUUCAAAUAAAAUAUAUAGAUGAAUGAAUGCGUCGUCUGGAGUAUUAUGACAAGUGUAUUGUACGACCGGUUUCGAAUUGAAAAUCCAUCAUCGGGUAAAUUGAUCAAUCAACUCACGUCGAGUCGCGUUUUACAUUUUGACUGUGAUAUACCUGAUGAUGAAUUUUUAUUCGAACCCGGUAGUAUAUUACACUUAUCAUAAUACUUCAGGCAACACAUUCAUUAAUUUAUUUCUUUUAUUUUUAUAUAUACAUUUUUUAUUUAUAUAUUUAUUUACGAGUGUUAACCACUUUAAUAAUUAUGUUUGUACUUUAUUAUUUUUCGACGAGUCGUAUUGCUACCAUACAUAAAAUAAAAAAACAAAUUCUUUAGAUAAAAUUAUUCAUUUCGUUAGUAUAAGUCAAAGUUUAAUAAUACUUAAUUUAUCGCUAAUCAUCUCGGAAAGGUUUUAAGCGAAUUCGAUUUCCGGAUUUUCAAUCAUUACCUGUGUAUGUAAACGUUUGGACUUUGUUUCAACGGUGUUUCCGAAUUUUCACCCCUACUCCUUACACCAGGCAUAUCAGUCUCAAAGUAUCAAGCGAGCCAAAUAACAUGUUAAAUAGUUUACGGUAUGCGAGCAGCACGUAAAUAUUUACCGAAAAAAUACAUUUUAUACGAAUUUUUCAAUUUUAUUCUUUACGGACACAAGUACAAUUUAAUUAUUUGGAAAUAUUUUUAAUAAUAUUUAUUGUUAAAUAACCACACGGAGAUUAGACGUUGACAAUGGAAAAGGCAUGGUGUGUCACGUACCGAUGAUAUCAUCAGUUAAUUAUUAGUCUAUAAAUAUAAUACUUUUUCGGUUAAAAUGUAUUAGAAGAUAACACACUAUAAUAAUGUAUACGAAAAAUAUACCGUUCUCUAAGAUGUCGUGACACGAAAUUUAUAUAUUUUAAUAAUUUUUUUCAUUCUGCCCGUUAAUAUUGGUAGCCGUGGGCCGCGUGUUUGACAUGCCUGCCUGACACGAAUACAAGGUGUCCUAAACUGUUAUCCGAACGCCAAUACCUCUCACAAUAUUCAUUUUUAUUUUCAUCUCUCAAUCACUGAAAAAAAUUACUUUUUUUUUCCACUUUUUAAAAUUUUCAAAAUAACCAUUUUUUAGAAAAUAUUAUUCGAAACAUUUAAAUGUAUCGUGCAUUCAUAUCCGAUCAAUAGUUUCUUAAUAAUAACCGUUUUAAUUUUAACUAAAAUAAAAAAUGGUUAAUAUUGCUGACGAGUGUGCCACUGUGGUAAGUGGAGAGUUGAGAAGGUACAAUGCACACAGUUAAUUAAUUAAUAUCUGUACGCAACAAAUUGUUGCAAACAAAAAACGAUUCUGAGCGAAAUUCGGCUAAAAAAUUUUGAAAUUCCGUGAUUUUCACGACUUUCGUCUAAAUUUGAACUUAAAAGCUUAUAAACAAAACACUGCUACAUCACACUUAACUUUCUUUUUACUUCUAAGCACGUCUUCUGAUAAACAUCGUAUAACAUUUUCAAGGAUUUCAACUUAGCCAACACAAUUGUAUCCGUAUAAAACCGAAUUUAAAAAAAUUUAAAAACCUUAACAGUUUCAAAUAAAUAAAUAUAAAUAGCUAUAAAUAGCUCACAAAUCGCCAAAUUAUUUUGAAAAUUUGACCGCGUCUAUAUAAUGCUAAUAUAAGUAUCCCGUAGGACUUUUAGGGUGAUGAUAUUUAACGAAAUUAUAACAAACAAAAAAUCGAAAAUGACAAAAAGGUAAUUGCCAUAAAUUUUCCUGUUUCUUCUACGUAUUUCCCGAUUAUUAAGAAAAUAAUCAGAAAAAUUGCCUCUCCGAUAAACUAACUAAAUACAAAUUGUUAUCGAAAAAAUACUACACUUGAGACAAUAUUAAUUAUUCUGGAAUAAAUGUUGUCAACUAACAAAAAAAAAAACACAUCAUAGUAAAGCCAAUAACGUAAUUUGCCAUAGCAUGCCUUAUGAUUUUAAUAAUUUUACAAAAAAAUUAAACUAACUUUAUAAUCAAUUACAUUUUCAAAUUAACUUUUAACGUGUUUACUUCUUAAUUUGUUAUCAAUUAAUCGAAUUUAUAUUCAUUAAGUUAUCGAACAUUGUGGAUUAUUAUUAGUUUCACCAGUAACUAGCAAAUUGUCCAUCUCCUUCCCAAACUGUUUGUUUAAAACAUCCGUAACUAUUCGAUAUUAAAACGGUGUCAGUUAUUAUCUUUGAAGAGAAUUGUUUUCUACAAAUAUUUCGUAACGAGUUCUUUUUCCCAAAACAGGCGAGCGAAUUCGACUGGGGACCAGAACUCCGAGGCGCUAUCUUGAGUUCGUUCUUUUACGGAUACAUAUCCACACAACUGAUCGGCGGUCUGUUGGGCUCCAAAAUUGGAGGCGUGAAACUGAUCGGUUACGGCGUUUUGUGUACCGCAAUACUGACCAUCCUUACACCUGCUGCCGCCAGAUAUUCGGUUUAUCUGGUAAUUUUCCUCAGAGUAAUCGAAGGCGUAUUCGAGGUUCGCAUAUUAUUUAUGAUGCUCUAAUAUUUAAUUUUAUAAUAAAAAUAAUGUCUUACAGUUUUUGUUCUCUACUUAGGGAGUCGUUUAUCCGGGCAUACAUGCCGUAUGGUCAAGAUGGGCUCCGCCCACAGAACGUACCCGUCUGGGGGGGUUCGCUUUCUCGGGCAGUUUUGUGGGCACGGUGAUCGGAUAUCCGAUGUGCGGUUGGUUGGCCGAAAAUUACGGUUGGCCUUCCACGUUUUACGUACCAGGUGCGUGAAUUGUUUAUUUAUUUAUCAACAAUACAAGCCAAAGCCCAAACAAUAUAAAGUACAAAUAAUGAUGAACAAGUGUGUUUUAUGCUAGUAGGUAAAGUAGGUAGUAAUUAACCCAUAAUUUAUGAAAAAAAAAGAAUAAAAAAUUUUGUUAGUGGCAAAAUGAGAAUGAGGGAUUGAGGUUGAUGGUGCACAUAAGCCGAAUAAUUGGAGAAUAUAGAGAUAUUGAUGAGAUAAGAAAAAUUGAGCAUUUACCAAUGGUCGUUGAGGGGCCAAGAGACGCGUUCCAGAUAACUAUACAAUAAUAUAAUAUUCGUUUGUCGAAAAUCAAAAAACUUCACAACAUACACUGUCUUGCACCUUAUCUUGAUUUUGUGUUAUUCUCUUUCAGGAUUUGUCGCGAUAAUAUGGUGCACCGUUUGGUUGCUUUCCAUUACCGAAUCACCGACCGAAGACAAACACAUUACCAAAGAAGAGCUCGAGUACAUUGUCAACUCGAUUGGACCCAUUGACGAGCGACAAAGUAUAGUAAUGCGGUUAUUCGGUAUUAGUUCGUAUAAACCCGACACUCGGGGGGCAUUUUGAUUGCCAAAAAGAACUUUGGCAAAACCAAAAAUCGUUAACUUUUUAAGAAAAAAAAACAUAACUUUAUCGAUAUAUGAGUAGUAUAUUAACGCGUUUACUUUCAGUGAUUUUGAUCUUUACUUAUUUUAAAAGAUGAAAUUUAUAAGCUCACCUCGAAUUGCCCAAAUACUAAUGUUUUCUCAAGUGUCGUUAUAACGUAGUGAUCAGGGAUUUAUGAAAAAACUAAAGAGAUUUAUUUAUUUUAUAAUUUUUUGUUUAUUUGGCGCAGUCAGUUUUUCCAACUAUCCAUGGAAAGAUAUAUUCACGUCAAUGCCCGUAUGGUCGAUAACGUGCGCUCAUUUUUGCGAGAACUGGGGAUUCUACACGUUACUUACACAAUUACCGAGCUACAUGAAUGGUAAAACAGUAAAUAUGGAGUUUUUAUGAUCGCUGUUUAUGAUAUCGUUCGCAUUUCCAUUAUUAGACGUGUUAAAGUUCGACAUAGGAAAAGGAAGUUUAUUGUCGGCUCUGCCGUACUUGGUCAUGUCAAUUAUUCUCCAGGUCACCGGUUUCUUCGUCGACUGGAUUAGAAAAAACGAAAUACUCUCUACUACAAAGGUGUGGAUUACACCUACUCGUGGAUUUAACCUACCCAUGGAUAUCUAAAGUGCUUUGUGCAAAUUCGGAUUCUUUCAAAUUUACUUUACAAUGUUAUAGGUCAGAAAACUUUGCACAUGCGGCGCUUUCGUUAGCCAGACCGUGUUCAUGUACUCGGCGGCCAAUUCCACGACCCCAACACAAUCCAUAGUUUGUUUGACGCUGGCCGUAGGACUCGGAGCAUUCGCUUGGGCCGGAUUCAGGUGAAAAAUCAUUAUACGGCAGUUUGCAAAAAAAAUAAUGAGUUCGAAAAUGUCUAACUGGUAUUUAUUUAUUUUCACCAGUAUUAACCCUUUGGACAUUGCGCCCCAAUAUGCCAGCAUUUUGUUAGGAAUUUCCAACACGUUUGCGACAAUACCCGGAAUUAUAAGUCCCAUGUUGGCCGGUGUUAUCGUAAAACAUAAAGUGAGUGUCCGCCGUGAUUAAAACGAUUACUGCAGAUAAAAAAAUAUUAUCAUUUCAAAAUUGAAAACUUUAAAAACUCUUUCGAUUAUAGAGCGCAGAAGAAUGGCAGUGGGUGUUUUUAAUUUCCAGCGGUAUCUAUUUGCUCGGCUCGGUAUUCUACGGUAUAUUCGCUUCGGGAAAACGACAACCUUGGGCCGAAAUCAAAACCGAAGAAAAAACCGGACACGACAACAAAACGUUCGAUAUGAAACCGUAAACAGGAAUAAAACCGUUUAUGAUUUUAACACACAAUUCUGUGAUCGCAUAUUAUGGUUUUUUUUUUUUUUUAAUGUAUAAAUUAAAAUAAGAAUUGAGAUGAAUAUUUUUCUCUGCUGAGAGUGGAAUAAUUUUCAGUGCUUAUUGUGUAUUAUUUAAGUUUUAAUUGCGUAAAUGUGAUAUGACAAAAUGUAUAGUCAACGACUAAUAAUUAUUAUAAAUUAUUUUAUUUUGCACUCAUUUAUUUGAAAACAUUGUGAUUACUUAAACUAUUAUAAUUUCUUUUUUUAAUUUAACGUUUUUUUCUUUCGUCCAAAAAUUCUAUGCCUAACAUUUCUAAUGGCCAUUGUAAUCACAUCCCAGUGAAAAUUUCAAAAAGCUACAAACAAUUCAAAAAAAUAAUAAAAUAAAAAUCAUGUUAAUACGAAUACUUGCUCCACUCAGAAUCUAAAAAAAAGAUCACACAUAUUAGUAGAUGAACCAAUACAUUCCUCGUUACGAUCUGCGAGAUCUUCAAUUAAAUUUAUCUUUGUACAUAUAAUUAUAUUUAUAUUAUAUUUAUGUAUGUAUUAAUAUAUGCUCAUAUUUUACAAUCGGAGAAAAUUUAUAUUGAAAUUACAUAAUUAAAAAUUUACCUUAAUUAAAUUUAA